CACACUUUGCUCCAUCAUGGGAGCGCUGAUCGUGCAUCCUUUUUCUCCAGAAUAAGGGAGCUUCUUAGGGUCUUCGAAAUGUCUGCGCCGUCGCCGACUAGGUCUCUCGCCGUCAUCGGUGCUGGAGCUUCAGGCGCGAUAACAGCGGCCGUUUUUGCAUCCGAGGCGACUUUCGAUACGAUUCGUGUCUUUGAACGGCGGGAGACUCCUGGGGGUACAUGGAUCUACGAUGCGGAUCCUCAUCCACCUGAUCAGCUGCAUCCGGGAAAGUUGCCGCCGGAUGUUGAUCUUCGAUUGGACAUUCCAAACGAUGGGUUCCCGACUUUUACUGCGCCGUCUGAACAGCAACGAUUCGAUAGAACGCCAAUAUACUCCGGACUCACGACGAACGUGCCCGAGAUUGCUAUGUCAUUCUCGGAUCACAGAUUCGCGUACGGCCCAUUCGUACCCCACUGGAUCCCGAAACAGUACAUCCAGGAUUACUUUUCUUUACACGGCGUAGACGACUGUCUCGUUUUGAACACCACAGUUGAAGAUGUUUCUCGUAUACCAGCGGCAGACACGACAGAUCAAUGGCAGUUAACAUUACGGAAAUAUGAUCCGAUCGCCAAGCUGAAUGUAUGGUGGCAGGAAAAAUUUGAUGCGGUUGUUAUUGCUAAUGGUCAUUACUCCAUUCCAUAUAUACCCCAGGUAGAAGGACUUGAUGAAUACAUGAAGAACUUCCCCGGCCGCGUCACCCACUCGAAAUUCUACCGCUCCCCCUCCAAUUACAUCAAUAAACGGGUCCUCGUCAUCGGCAACUCUGCCUCAGGCCACGACAUCACAACGCUCCUAGCCCACUCAGGAACAGCCCACCUUCCAAUAUAUCAGUCCCGCCGCUCUCGUUCCCGCUGGGACGGCGAAGACCCUCCCCCAGACAUAUCCUGGAAACCUACGAUCCGCUCAUACAACGCCACAACGGGCGCUAUCACCUUCACCGACAACACUACUCUUACCGAUAUCGACGCCGUCAUCUACUGCACCGGCUACAAACCAUCCUACCCAUUCUGGAAUACCGGAGCAAAUGGAGCACCAUUAUACGACUACGUUGAGGAUCGCCUGAUAGGAUUCUAUCAGCAUACCUUCUCCACCGCAUUUCCACACUCCAUCGGCAUCGUAGGGAUUCCCCGCGUCCUCACCUUCCGCUCCUUCGAAUACCAAGCUAUAGCCCUGGCGCGGCUCUUCUCACAACGCACUGCAAAACCCUUACCCCCACCUUCAGAGAUGUCAGCUUGGGAAUCCCAACGCGCGGCGCUCGUGAAAAGGGAACGUCGGCCGUUCCAUGCGAUUCUUUGGGAUAAUGGAGAGACGCGGGAGUGGUUUCGGUAUCUUUUUGAGUUGAGUGGAUUACCUGUCUUGGAGGGCAUGGGGAGGUUUCCGCCAGUGUUGGAUGCUGAGACUAGGUGGGCUUAUGAUCAUAUUAAGAAGUAUCCGGAACCUAAGCAUAGAGAUGGAGAGGUAAGGAUGGAUGGAGAGUGGGAGGUAGUGGAGAGAGUUAGCAAGGAUAGUACGCAUUUCAUAUAA